AGGUGAUGGUGACGUCAUGUACACAAACGCGUCCUGGUUGCUUCUUCUGGUCUUAUUUUCUGUCUCUCCGAGAAGUUUUGCUGUGGAUGACCACCGUCACCACCUGGAUCACAUACUGUGCCGCAAAUGUGGAACGGAGUUGACAGAAAACUCUCGGGGCAACUUUGUAAAUAUUACUAGUCCAUUGUCGGAGUCCACACACCAGUUGUCGGUCCUUGGCCACUCUCAUUUGAUGGUACAGACACUUAGAAAUCCCGCUGAUGUAACUUUCAAUCUGGUGAUGGUGAAAAGAUCUGGUUGUUCUGGCAUUGGAGAGGGUCUUUGAACCAGUUGGAAGAGCCAGUAUCAGCCAUUUUAAAGCUUCAUCAGAAGGCUUUUAUGGACUAAUUCUUGAAAAACUUAUUACUGAAGAAUCACCGCAGAAAACCACUACCAAACCCACCAAUUAUGCCAGCAG